AUGCGACUCGCACGGUUGGUGUGGGCUUUACUAAGUGCAGGCCCAGGUACAAAACGGAAGGCCUCGGAGGAGGUCACUUCCCCGGAUUCUCAGCAGCAGAGCAAAAAAGCACGCACUGACUCCCCGGAGAGAGAAGCAAAGACAGAAGAUGAACCGUUAGGGAAACCACCCCUCCGAAUCGUUCCCUUUCCCGAGAAGCCCGCUGUCCUAGAAGAGCGCCGAGGGGAAAUCGAGUUUCGUGUGGUCAACAAUGAUGGUUCGCGGGAUAGUUUUGUCGUCCUCACCGGGCUGAAAUGCAUCUUCCAGAAACAACUCCCGAAAAUGCCCAAGGAUUAUAUUGCACGCCUCGUCUACGAUAGAUCGCAUCUUUCGAUUGCCAUUGUCAAACACCCAUUGGAGGUAGUUGGGGGGAUCACAUACCGUCCAUUCAACAGUCGUACAUUUGCGGAAAUUGUCUUUUGUGCUAUCUCUUCUGAUCAACAAGUCAAGGGCUAUGGUGCGCAUUUAAUGUCCCAUCUUAAGGACUAUGUGAAGGCAACGUCGAACAUCAUGCAUUUCCUAACAUAUGCCGAUAACUAUGCUAUUGGUUACUUCAAAAAGCAAGGGUUUACAAAAGAAAUCACGCUGGAUAAGUCCAUCUGGAUGGGUUAUAUUAAAGACUAUGAGGGAGGUACCAUCAUGCAGUGUACGAUGCUCCCCAAAAUACGAUACCUUGAAGUGGGCCGCAUGCUUUUGAAGCAAAAGGAAGCGGUUCAUGCGAAGAUUCGCGCCUUCAGUCGCUCGCAUAUGAUUCACCACCCUCCGAAGGAGUGGAAAUAUGGCCCGACCAAAAUCGACCCAUUGAGUAUCCCGGCAAUUAAGGCGUCGGGAUGGUCGCCUGACAUGGAUGAGUUGGCUCGACAGCCACGCCAUGGACCCAACUACAACCAACUGCUGCACCUUCUUAACGACAUGCAGAACCACAGCGCGGCGUGGCCGUUCACGCAGCCCGUGAAUCGCGAUGAAGUCCCUGAUUACUAUGAGGUGAUCAAGGAGCCAAUGGACUUGUCCACCAUGGAAGAGAAGCACGAAAAGGACAUGUAUCCAACACCACAGGAUUUCAUCAAGGACGCAAUGUUGAUCUUUGAUAACUGUCGAAAAUACAACAACGAAAGCACGCCGUAUGCCAAGAGCGCGAAUAAACUGGAGAAGUUCAUGUGGCAGCAGAUAAGGAAUAUCCCCGAGUGGUCGGUGAGUGUCUCGCACUGA